UAUAAAACCGCUUCCGCAAGGGUUCUAAACUUAGCAAUAUCAACCGCAGAAGUCAACCAAGAGCGACCACAGGAUGCCAAAACGCGCUCGUCCAGAGUUUGCUUGCAUAUUUCGUCGCACUGUUUGGCGGGAACGUGGCGUGUAAGCGUACGGCGUGACGUCAUGAACGCCAUGGCGUGUAAACGCAAUGAGGUAUUGUACACCGUUGCUAGUUAGGUAAGGGCGCUGUCUGCUCUCACCGCUACGCGUUUAUUUAUCUUCGUCUGUUCGUGUUUGUGUAUGAGGUGCGGGUUGGGCGACGCAAACUCAUCACUUCCGUUGGGGCGCGGCAUCACUUCACCGUUUCCUCAGCUUCUCUCCGCUUGGCAACGGCUUGGCUUCGGCCCCUUCUUUACUUUACUUUGCGGCUUUAUAAUAGUCUCGGGCGAGGCCAUUCGAGGCGGCGACGCCUCUUUGUACAUAAAUCUACAAUGGCGUGCACACGUCGUCGCGCACACAUUCCUGGUUCGAGACCCCCGCGUUUCUUUCUCUUUUUCGUUUCUUUUUCGUCCUUUCUUCGAGUGCUUUCAGGGCGUAGUAACGUGCGUACACGAGUACAUCCACCCCCGACAUUGUGUAUUUUCUUUCUUUCUUUCUCUCUUUCUCUCUUUCUUUCUUUCUUUCUUUCUUUAUCUCUUUCUCUCUCUUCCUUUCUUUCUUUAUCUCUUUCUUUCUUUCUUUUCAUGUGACUAGCUUUAUUUGGAUCUUUCAGCCGUAUCUGCCACUGGUCGGUGGUUGGUGAUCGGAUUCGGGAAGGAAGACGUUCGUUCGUUCGUUCGUUCGUUCGUUCGUUCGUUCGUUCGUUCGUUCGUUCGUUCGUUCGUUCGUUCGUUCGGGCUAUUCGCUCGAGCUGACAACCAUCGUCGAUGAUUUCUGCACAAUUUUAUUUUCUUUCUUUAAGCAUGCCCGGAUAUUUCCACUACUUAAGAUAACGAGCAAUGGUUACUUUUAAUGAAACACCAAACGCACACACGUAUAAACGCUAUAGUGCGCUAAGAAAGCAGCAGCGCUGUUGAGCCCCAGUCACUGACACCGUGUUCUUGUCUUUCGCAGGCCGCCACCACUUGUGAUCUUCGCGCGGCUGCUGUCCGCGUUGCAUGGCUGCCGUCGUCUCCGUCUCAAAGGUUUCCCGGGGCUGCCGCGAGAGGCCGCUGCCCGCGCCAGCGUCCUCGUCGUGCAUGCGCCGCCAGCACGACUGCGGUGCGGCGACGGCGGCGCUGCCGGCGCCUGCGUCCCGCCGGGCGGGCGGCCCUAACCUCGGCCCCGGGUCGAUGCUAGCGGCGCUGUCGUGCCGGGGGCCCGAGAGUAAGGCUCCCUCCUCGAGCCCCUUGGCCGCCGGAGCUGCCGGGCCGCCGAGCCUGGCCGGCGGGCUUACCCCCAUGGCGCACCACCCGCCCGCGGAAGAGCGCCUGCUGCCCAACGGGAACGUGUGCCACUUCGCCGGCUGCGGAUGUGCCGACGGCGUGUCGGGCGAGAUCCGCGCCGCGCUCAAGGAGUGCGUCUCCAACAUGCGCCAGCAACAGCAGCUGCAGCAGCAGCAGGAGCAGCAGCACAGACUUCACCAACAGCACCACCACCACGGCCACCAGCCGCAGCAGCAGCAGCAGCAGUCCGGUGGCCAGUGCGGCUGCCCCGUGCUCCUGCGCGGCGCCUGCGAGCACCAGGCCCGUCCGGCGGCGAGCAACAACGCCGCUCCGCCGCCGGCGCCCCUCAAGUCGCUGCUCAAGCGGGCCUCGACCACCCGUCCGCGGCGGGGCUCGCGCGUCCGGUUCAGCGACACGCUGACCGUCUUCUCGGAGGACUACCCGGAGGCGCAGCUGUACGUGAUCCGGACGGCCGAGCUGACUUUCGCCGAGGUGUGCGCCAUGUACGAGCCGCCGCCCGAGUACCGAGACCUGCCGCCGUUCGACCCGCCCGACGGCUACCGGGACGACGCGUACCUGCUGCCAUUCCUCAAGGAGGCCCGCGCAGCCGCGGCCGCGGCGCGAGCGGCAGCCGCCGCAGCGACCGCGUCUCAGCAGGCAUCGCAGGCCGGCAUCCCGGCAGCAUCGGCUCAGGUGGGUGCGCAACAGCAGCAGCCACAGCAGCAGCAGCAACCUCCACCCCAGCAACAGCAGCACCAGGGCUCCGCGCCGCACGCUCAACCCGCGCCGCCGACGCCCGUCCAGAUCAGGGUGGUCGAGCGGCCGCCGCCUCCGCCGCCACCACCGAGAACGACGCCCGUGGUGACUGCCCCAGCGGUGGUCGGCGGCGGUGCGGAGGAACGCGGGAGCAGCAAGGUCGAGGACGAAACGCAGCUGCCUCCGCCUCCGACGGCCGAGAUCUUGGAGGACCUGGCCAAGAAGGCUGCUCUCGAGGAAGCUCAGCGGAAGGGUGAAAAAGACACCGGCACCCAGAAACGUGGCGAAGAGGUCAGGAUCGAUCAGGAACGGCCACCGGCCACCGACGUGAAGACUACGACGGCCGUGGUAAUUGUGUCGGCCGACGACGGUGGUGGCGGUGGCAGGACGACGCCCGAGGACAACGACGUGAGAAAGGUGAUCGUGGUGGACGAGGAGGAUGACGACGUCAAACGGCGGGAAGAGUCGUCGCCCGUGUUGCCCGAGGACGAGGACGACGCCAUCCUGUUGGAGUUGAAGAAGCAGCUCGAGUGCAACUCGAGCGGCGACAUCGAGGCCGACCUGGCCGAGCUCCUCCCUCCGGGCCUCAUCGUGGACGACGUCUCGAGGAAGGCGGUGGACGACGUCAUCGACCUCAAGGUGAGCCGUCAUCGGCCGACGGUGGAAGUGCGACCACUGAGCUUCAGGCAACCGGUGCCGGUGGCGACGACGCCGGCGUCGCCCGCCGCCACCACUCCGUCGACCGCGAGCUCGACGCCCGACGAACGCCAGGAGGACAGCGAUUCGAGCGCCGACUCGCAGGAUACCAUCAUCCUGAUGACGAACGAGGAGGAGAAGAAAGCGGAAGAGGCGAACGAACACCGCAGCGCCGGCGGGUUCCGGCACAAGCUGCUCAUCAUCGGCGACAAGAGUCCGUCGGACACGAGCUCGGUGUCCAGCUCGGCGUCGCAGGACAGUGACGGCUCGUUGCGCUCCUCCGAGUCCACUACCAACAGCGAAGACCGGACAGAGUCGCCUACGGGCUCUUCCGGCAGCAGCAGCGGUGGCGGCGGCGGAGGCCGCGGUCACGUCGUCGAAGACGACAUCUACAAUGACGACCUCGACGCCCUGCUCGAGUACGGUCCGCACUCGAACCUGCAGGUGCGGCGAACCAUCGAGCGGACCGCGAUGCGCCGCAGCCUCACCCGCGUCACGGACGUCCGCAAGAGGACGCCCACCAACCUGGCCAAGUCGCCGACGUCGAGCAACGACGUGUCGCUCGUCGAGAAACUGCGGUGGCUCACGUCGCUCGACGACGACGACGACGACGGUUGCAGCGACGACUCCGAGGCAGCGACCGACAGCAACCACCACCACCAUCACCACCACCAGGGACCGCCCCCGCCUCCGCCGGUGGCGCGGAGGCCUCCGCCGGACCCGGGCUUCGUGCAGGACGCCGGCCGGUUACUGCCCGGCUACCCUCGCGGGGGCCUCAACGGAGCCUUCCAGCCGCGGCCGGCCUCGUUCUCGCAGCUGAGCGACGCCUGCCGAGGGUCCCUGACCAUGCUGCCGGUCGCGGCCCGGGACUACCGCAUGGUCCGGCGCGUGCCGGGCGAGAACCACCCGCAACAAAACACCGGCGCCGCGAGCCAACGGGCGCAGCCGCCGCCUCCGCCCGUGCGACGGCCCGCUCCCCAAGGGAGCGGCGGCGUCGUCGGCGUUGGCAACAACGCCAAGGACGCGCCUCCUGACGAGCUGGAACGCUUCGUCCAGCAGGACAUGGAGCGCACGGAACGCAUCCGCAAGCGGUACAGCCUUAGUGAAGAGGACGAAGACCCUUCGUUCGGGUUCGCCAGGAGACCGUCCGUGCGCGGCAUCCGGGCGCGGUUCGGCUCGAGCGCCGAGCUCAUGAAGGACGUGCAGCAGAUGAUGCAGCACCACCCGGCCAUGAACAUGCCGGGCAGCCACCUCUCGUGGUCACACCCCGUAGAGCUGCCGCCACCCAACCACAAGACACCGCAGCAGGUGAAGGUGAUGCUGCUGCCGCGCGUCGCCGAGGAGGACACCGGCCGCAACUACGGCUCGGCAGGGGACAUCGCGACGCUGACGCGGUCGCGGCGCGCCUUCCAACCGGCGCCGUCGCCCGUGCCUCCACCGCCCUCGUCGUCCCUGUCGGCGGGAAAGGAUGAGAGGGGAGUGCCCGAAGGUGCCUGCUCGUCGCCCAAGGUGUCGUCUGAGCCGGGCUACCAGGGACAGCAGCAGCAGCCAAAGAGCGGGCCCGUUCCCGCGCCUCCGGGGGUGCUUCCUUCGAUGGCAUCCGCCGGUCCGGAGGCGACGCCACCGCCACCUCCUCCUCAGGGUGUUGUGUACUACUCCCUCAACGUCUGACCCGCCGCCAACAUGCCGACCGAGGUGCCCAAAACACAUAACUGACACUCGAAGUGAAGAAACGAGGGAAAGGGUUUCUUCUGCUUCACGAGUCGCCUCAUCAACUCUUCGUCAUUGCCUCACGAGCGAACUCGCUGGUCGGAGUUCCGCUGCCCGACGUGCAUGCCAUCGACAAAUGGGAGGAGACGUUUGAGAGGAACGCAACCAGUGACAGAGAGGGAACGGACAGCUAGCAAAAACGGAGAAACAAAACAAAACAGGGACCUGCGGUGGUGCGGUGCAAACACUUUUCUUCGGCGCUGUGCGCGUUUUUGUUUGUUUGUUUGUUUUGUUGUGUGUGCCUGUUUUGUGAGUGAGCGCGCGCGCGUGACGGCGUGUGUGUCUGUGUGUGAUGUGUCCGUGGCAAAGCGGCCGAUCCUCCUCCUCCCGGCGCAGCCGAGUUGGGAGGGGUCGACAUCUUCCUCUCGAGUCCUCCUUCUUAAAGACAAAAGCCUUCCUGUGAGUCACAUGAGCCGCAUCACCCGUUGGCGGCUAUACCUUUUCUUCCAAAGACCUGCCGUUCAAACCACGUGCGUCAGCGGAUACGGGCAUGGCCACUGGGCUGCCCUUGUGUCUCUCCUCUCGUUUCCUUUUUUUUUUUUUUUUGGCUCUCACGUUCUCCGCGCUCUGAGGAUUUAGCUAAGCUUAAACCCGGGUACGGGUGUCUAGAUAGCAGUUCAGCCAGAAACGUCAUGGCAUAGCAGCAGUAGCCGGCAAUUCCGUGUGCUCCGUGGUGCUCGUUCUUCGGUGAUAGAUUGCAUUUGCGAAAAAGAAAAAGAAUAUUAUAUAUAUAUACAUAUAAAUUUAGUCGUAGUCGAGAGUUCUUAUUUCUUAAAUUCUUACUUGGCCCAGACCACGGAGCGAACUACGGUGUUGGUGAGCUAGCUUUGCAGAAGUACACGAAAUUGUAUUCAUUCGAUCGUCUUCCUUAUACUGCCUGUAUCAAGAAGGCACCGUCAUUCACCGUGACAAUUAAAAAAAAUUGUUCUGCUAUUAUCUCUUGAUGUACCACAUAUGAAAGAUGUGAAUGAGAAUGCGUGACUAAAGGCUUAUCGUGAACUGGAUGCUAGCCCCAGCACGCGACUCUUAUACGGAGCAGCGCCGGCUUCGUCAAAGCUCGGAGUGUAACGCUCCUUUUAACUGUCUACCUCGAAAGCAAUUUAAAUUAAACGUUCCCCUUUUAUCACUUUUUUCAUCACUGGCUGCCCAAACACCUUAACUGACUCGAACAGCUCCAUAAGUGGUGGGCGACCAUAUGAUUUAGACGCCAAUAUUCCAGGAAAGCCUUCUGUGCAGGCCGAUGUCCAGAGAGCCUCUUUAGUUUUCUGCUACAUUCGCUACGGUGCUACAAAGAAUGCGGCAGGGGUUCAGUUCUGCCAACGGCUGCGUGAAGCUCUGCUGCUGCAGAUGGCGCUGCGCAUAGAAAAAAUAUGAAGGCUGCUCCAAUUGCGGUGAUCUUAAGAUUUAGCUUCUUCUCACAGGGGAAGUGUGCCCUCUGUACACGGGUUAUAGCGCGCGCGCAUUGGUCUUCUUUCUUAGAGCGCGGGAAAGGUGUCGUAGCCUUGUUCUUUUGCCUCGCUAGUUACGUGCAGUGCUGCGGCAGACAGUACCGCUCCAGGCGCAGAAGAGAGUAGUCCCUAGUCCAUAAAGACGCAUGACUGCGAGAUAUUCGACCCAAAAAGAGCAAACUGGUCGGAAACAUGGAACUUGAUUGCGUACCUCUUUUAUGUCAUUUGAGAAACACCGAACAGAAAGGGAGCCAUUUUAACCAGAAGAGAAAAUCUGGUUUGCUACCUUACACUGAAGGAAAGGAGGGAGGGAGGGGAGAUAGAAAGAUAAGAAUAAAGUAACUAUUUUGCCAGCAGAUAGGCUAUAAUGACCGAGUGAUGAAGAAACUGAACUGGCAUUAUAUCUGCCGCCAGAGCGGUAAGUAGUUUCAAGCAUGGACGUGGUUGGUCAGCGUGGGCCGUACUCUCGGUCGACAACUUCCGAGGAAAGGCGGUGCGCGUGAUUGGCUGCACCCUCCAAAAGCGGAUGUGACGAAAGGAAUGACACUGCAAACGUGAGCGUUAUUCUCACGUCGCAUUCGUUCGCCCGAGUUCAUUUGACAAGAUUACCGUCGCCCCAGCGAGGCGUGGUCUUGCUGGACCGUACGUCACUCGUACAAAUGUGAAAAGUAUGAGCGCCCCUGAGUUAUCGACCGAGGAUGCGACCCCGCACUUCUCGAUUUGACGCCCCGAUAUCAUCGCUCGCAGCAUUGCACCAAACUAGCCAGACGGAGCGUGCGUAGUCCUUUGGAGUGACGCUCACCAUUCCGCGUCGCAAGGCUCAAGCCAAAGCAUAAGAGAGAGAGAGAGAGAGAGAGAGAGAGAGAGAAACACAAAACAAACUUGGAGGUGCCAGGGUGCUUCAACUCAGAUGUUUUCGCUUCCCUUCUCAAGAGUCUGUGAAUCUCACCCGCCGGUUUCGGCAGUGGGCUACCGCGCGUGCGUGUGUGUGUGUGUGGUUGUGUUUUAUUUUUUUGCCGCCUUGUUGCUGUUGUUCCGGUCUGUGGACAAAGAUCGCUCUUUGGAUCCCAAGACCGCGUUGGCCUCUAUAGAGAUAUUUAGGCAUUCGAUGGUGCACAUUUGUUGCACCUUCACUACCCCCCUUGCUCCCACCCCUACCCUCCCAAACCCCCUCUCUUUUUUUUUUCUGUGAACUUUUGCGACCAGAGAUUAUAGGCCUAAGCUUUCGCGUUGGGCCUCUAGGGAAUAAGAAAAAAAAAGUACACUCUAUAUUUCCUAAUAGAAAGCUUAUACUAUAUGUAUAGUGAAGUAUAAGAUGUUUUACCGAGGAGCACCUUCUAGAGGUGCGGGCGACCCCGGGGUUAGAUAGGCGGGGAAGAGAAGAAGGUUCAAAAGAUUGACGUUCGAGAAGGGCCAAAGAUUGCGUGCGCUGUCUUGGCUUCUUGACGCUAGCUCAAGUACGUCCAUAAAUUUCUUGUACUCUCUGUCUGUCUGCUUUGCGUUAUGUUGACACUACACUCUGUUGAGGUGAGAUCACGCUGCAUUGCGGAAACCUGAAGUGGAGUCAGUUUGUGAGCAGGAUUGACCGAUUUCAGAAAACUGUUUCGCUCUAAAAAAAAAAGCAAAUGAAAAUAGGAUUUUCUGAAGGAAGGAAAAGUGAAUAAAAGCGCACAUUUGUACAAGCGAUGGAACGAAGAAACGCGCCAAAGGAUUGUGCUUACUCGUCGUGUUUGUAAUAUUAACCUUUUCGUCAUCGCGGCAUCCCAAAAGUGGCGUUGACGUCGUUGUUGGUAUCGGUUUCUACACUCUUGUAGCGGUGACCCUCGCUGAAGGGUCACAUUCUCAGUUUUUUUUUUUUUUUUUUUGAGCUACAAUCAGCAGUUAGAUCAGUCAAUGUAGUCAUUACAGUCGGGCAUAGAGUGAAGCCAGCCUAUAGAAACAAGUGCGUUGUAAAUUAUAUUGAGCAUAAUACGAAUAUCUAACGCUGAAAACGGUUGUAUCCCGAUAAAGCCCAGCGAUGCCUAGCGUGUCUUAAAGAUAUGCCUUUUCAAUUGGCCGCAGCGUUUUCCUACGCUUGCAGAUCAGCAAGGAAAGACAUAAGGAACUAUGCGUUUUUACAGUGAUGGGACGUCGUAGACGACAGCACAGUUAAGAAAUCCCGGUAGGCCCGUUGUGGCUGAAAACUUACUUCAGCAGGAUGCGUGUCUGUACAACCUGCGCGUCAUAUCUUGCUUACGAACAACACUGCGAAUUAGCUGGUGCUUCCUCUAGCUUCCACAAUGCUGCGUGUUUUUUUUAACUAAGCAGGGUGUGUGACUUGGACUGUAUAACUGUGCAAAAUGUGAAUACCAGGGUCGUAAAACCUCCUGAAGCGGUCGGUCUGUGUCUGUAUAGCACCCUUCCAAGAGUGGCGCUACUUAUCGAACGUGCGAAUUCAAAGUUUGCAGGAGGAUGGGGGUUUCGAAUCGCGAAACUCUGGCAAAUGAAAAAAUUUCCAGUGUGCUUCUCCAUGUUUAAGGCUUCCUCACAGGAAAAUACAGUGAGAUUAGAGCGUGUAAUCGCAUAAUUUAUUUUACCCGAAUAUUGCCCGGUGUUAUCUAUUUAUAGGCGCUUAAUUUCGCCGUAGCGUACUUUGGGCUUUGUGACAGAACCCUGACGAAAAAAAAAAAAAAGGUGAAUGUUGGGCAAGGCAAUAGGGGCGGCAAAAGAGACAGUUUCUAACAUUACAUUUUGUUUCAGCGCUUAUACCGACUUAUGCGCAAUUUCAGAGUUUCUAGUUGCGCGUAGAAUUCUGCGCUACGAGCUUAUUAUGUUCGCGGUAUUACAGCUCUAAAUGAUAUAUCAAAGUUGCUAUUUUUCCCACACUCCUCACAGGCCCAGCUAGCUCCCACUUAGCUGUUAAAAUGUAUAUAAGAGGCAAGCUGCGCUCAAAUGAAUUAGACACGGCAUGUGGCUGCAAUAUAGAUUAUGGCACGCAUCUUCAGGUUAUCCACGCAAGACGAAGUGUUGCUUGGAACGCGCAGAUUUGUAAAGGAAAUGCGUGAGAAGAAUGGUGGAGACACUCUGUAUAGUCCGACGCGAGCGAUUCGACUAUAGUACUUGUUUUUGUCUAAGCUUAGACGAAGAAGAGUUCUCACCAAAGUUCCUGCCCAAACGAUGACGCCGAAGAGCGACGUAACCUUUGGCACCGGUUUCGUCGCGAGCUCUAGUUAAAGAGAGUAACAGCGUAGGAGACAGGAAAGACGGAAGGAAACGGACGAAGUGCCUUCCGAUCUUACUGACCCUUACGCUGUUAUUCUUUUUAUCUUCAGCAUUUACCAGCCGGCCCAAGUCAGCACUCUUUUGCAGUUCGUCCUGGCUUGGAAGUGAACACGUCUGCCUGUGCCUAUAGACGUUGGCGGGACUUGAUUUUGUCUAGGCCUUAAAGAGGGCUUGCGUUCGUGUAAGCUUAGACGUUCUCGUAUCUCCGUUCUCCGUUCCCAAACUCCGUUCUCCGCUCCCAAACGUGAGGGCUUGUAUCAGUUCUCGAAGAGGGUUUGCUUUUGCCUAUCCAUGAACAGGAAUUGACUUCGUUAUCGACUUAAACAAGGACAAGUCUUCCUGUCGAAACGUUGAGCCCGAAUGCAGACGCCCCCGAAGCAUUGCCUUCGUCCAGAGCCUAUAGCAGAGGACGUGUGUGUCUUUGCCUAGAAAAGGGCUUGCGUUCACGUAAACCUAGACGUCCUCCUCUAAAGACAAGCCUUCGUGCACCAAACGCAAUAGCUUGUAUCAGUGUGCGCCUCGAAGAGGGCCUGUGUUCGGUUACAUUUAAAACAGUAGUUGACUUCAUGUACACUUACAAACUUAAAACGAAGGCAACUCUUCUUGCCAAAGCGUCGACACAGAAUUGAGACCUCCCCAAAAAGCUUGUGUUCGUCCAUGCCUCGAGGAUGGCGUGUCUUCGCCUAACCCUCGAAGACAGCUCGUUCCCAUCGACAGGCCCUGUAGAGUACUUGCCUUCGCGUUAGCCUACGCUCAUGUAGGCUUCGAUGAAGACAACGCAUCUCGCCGAAACACUGUCGACUGACUGAGGUGUCUCCUCACGAUUGCUCUCGCACAUUUCCUGAAUCUCCAGGCUGUUUGACAAAAGUUACGCUGUUGUUGUUUAGGCCUCGAUAGUGUUGACGCCGCCGACCGACUGCGUGUUGUACGAGUUCCCCGCCUGCCGUUAUUGUUUCUUCCGGAGAUUCUCUUUUUUUUUUCUUUCUCGUUGAUGUUUAGGCUGGUGGAUAUACCAAAGUCUUUUAUACACGUUGAGUCGGAGCCUGUAUCGCUGCGGCUACCGCCGGUAGAGGACGGGGACCCUAAUAAAUGCCUCAGUGAACGAACUCGGUCCGCAGAAACUUUCCAUCUUACGUGACUCCUUGUCGAUGUUUCCUUCCCGACGUGCCGAACGACAUGCGCCGGCCAAGUUCAUUGAAUUAAAAAGAAAAGCGCGAAAGAAAGUUAGCACGGCCCAUGUUGUGUUUUAGUACAAGACGAAGUACGUGUACAUUAUUAUUAAGAGUCUUUUUUAUAUAGAGUAAAUGUCGAGAUAAAUAAGAAGCCUGUAUAUUUGCGUGGUUGCAGGGGCGGUGCAAUUUCGGCGCCGGCUUUUCUUCCUCUUACAACGUUGACUGUCUGUCGUGCGCCCCCGUACUGUGAACACCUUGAGAACCGUCGCGAACGUCGACUGAGUGCUCGUGUUUCCUUUUUUUUUUUUUUUUUUUACACGCCAGGCUAGGUGAGCAUGCCAUUGAGAGACAAAGACGCUUGUUCAUUCACGCCGGCGGAAGCAGCUUUGUCUUGCUAAUUGCGAUUUGGUUCAGUUAGAGAUCUAUCACGUGGCAUGCGCGUGACGGGUGCGGCUCUUGGUUAGCGAGCCUUGUCUUACGUCAAAGGAACUGUGAUUGGACGGCGCGCGUUUACUGACCAAUCAGGACAGUGAAUGAAUAAUUAAGGAGACAGUAAUGAAGCUAUAAGGACGAGGAAUGGGGUUAAGAAAGCAUGACAAGGUGCUGGGAGUUUUCCAGUAGGCUAGCUGGUAUACAUGAGAUGCUAAUGUACCAAGUUGUUGAGGCAAUGGUAAAAAAAAAGUAGUUAGGAAUGUUUUGUGACUGCUACUGCAUUAGUCUCAUAAAAUGGCCAGGCCUUCCUAGCUGUGCUGUUUCAAACGUGCUUGGCCUGCCCUCACAACUCAUUCGUCGGAUGGAUGCCUGCACACUUCAGAAAAGUCACCUGACGUCACCAUAACUGUCAUUUUUUAAAGGCGUAUCGUGCUCAAACUUGCCUAAACGAGACGUAAGACAAGCUGCACCAGGAAUAAAAGAGAACAACUGUAUAAACUAGCUUGCGCAUAAUUUUGAACGGCAGCGUGACGUAACUCCAAAGAGCGGCAGCUCACAAAUAAGACCAAGACGUCUGGCACGUGCGAACAAGGAAAAGAAAGGAAUAAAAAUAAAGCGCUGUCGUAUUGCCGCUUCGUGUCGAGCAAAUUUGACAAACGCCACGUCACCGCAAAUUUGCGAGCCGCCCAUAACGCACGGCGUUUAAUUUAUAGAAUCGAGCGGAUCCACCAGAGACAGACCGUUGCGCGAGGAGUAUUUCAGUCGGAUUCAGGGGAGCGGUCGUCAGCGUUUCGCGGUUUGCCUGUUCGAUCGCCCUGCCCCUGUGGGAGGGCAGGCCGAGUCAAUGUCUAGCCAGCGUUAUUUAAGCCAACGUUCUGCAAUGUUGGACCAAAUGUGACCAAAUGUUGGGAUUACACUGAGCAUGCCUGUGUGCUUCGACAUUACAGCUGCAUGACGGGGGCGUAUUUUCACCCCUCUGCCAGACGCGUCUAUCUUUUCUUUCUUUCUUUUUCAUUACUUCGCUGAAAUUAUAUAAGCCUGUUACACGUGCCGUACGUUGGGCCGAAACCGGUGCGUUUCGUAUCUCGCAAGUUUGGCUGUCGUGUUUUCGUUGCUAUCUGUUGACGUGCUGUUUACAAGCGCUUCCAACCACGGCUUCGCACAAGAACUGAAGAAACGGCUUCCAGUGCACGUCACGCUUAUACUACCGACAAAAAAAGAUCACGCUGCCAGAUUUUAGCUUUCUGUUUUGUGAAGGGUUACACGUACGAAGUGUUCUGCGCGAUUACUUUCCAGACCAAAGAUUAUUGAUGGAGCGCCAACGUUGUUGGACAUGGGUGCUCAUUUUCAGGAAACUUGUAAAUCUUUGUGUAAAACGCUAUGUGUGCCGCGCCUUGUUUACAAAGACUGUGACUGUCACGUGCCAGAAGAUGUUUGCCUGCAGGAAGAAACUGUCUGUGAGUUCGAAGCGAGUUUCCUGUUCUCCUUAUUUUUUUCAAAUGGAGGUUGAAUUUUUCUUGUAUAUUUAGAGUGAAGACACCAGACAGCGACCUGUUAUAGUUUCUUCCGAUUCCUUUGUGGCGAUGUGGUUGUAGAUGCGCAAAUGAUGGCUUUGGAACAUGUUGUUGUCUGUUUGACUAAAGUUUUGUCUGUUAUUUCUUCGA